UCAGUUCUUGUAUAAUGUCAAACAGCUUUGAAGUGCGACUGAUGAAGAAUGGCAAGAAUAUAUCUGGCUAUUACAAUUGCCACAUCAGCAAUUUGCAUCUUAUUGUAUGGAUUACUAAGCUCGAAUAUAUUACAGCAUGAAUUCUACACAAAGAUACAGUAUUUCAAGAAAUCAUCACUUUCAGAAUCAGAUUUCCCUCCAAAUUCGGUUGUCGAAGAGCAAAAACUAAGAUUCCAAACUUUAGAGAAGUCCUGUCGGAAAUUGAAAUUAAAUAAAAUCAUUCCAAAAGAUGACAAAGGUUUCAUGAAGUUCAUCAGUAAAACGAAAUUGUACUUUUCAGACAAAUACAAGUUACUGGCUUGCCUGAUCCCCAAAGUUGGUUGCACAAAUUUCAAGAAGGUAUUACUUGUCGCAGAAGGUCUUGUGAAUGCAUCAGAUGCCACUGAGUUAUCCGGAGAUAUCCAUGAUAUUGCAAAUCUCAAUUUGCAUCUGCAAACUUUGAGUGACGUUAAAGAAAUUAAGCAUCGACUGAAUACUUAUUAUAAAGUCAUCAUGGUCAGAGAACCCCUACAUCGAAUGCUUUCAGCGUAUCGUAACAAAUUUGAAAAUUCCAAAAACGAAUUUUUCAAGAGAAUGGCAAAAAAAUUGCACGAGAAAUAUUCAAAUUCAAGUAUUCCGACAGACAAAUCCUCACCGUUGUUGAGUUUUAAAGAAUUUGCCACUCACGUCAGUUCAACAGAUGACAACAAUGAACACUGGCAACUUUUCUAUAGGCUAUGUUCGCCAUGUGCAGUAAAAUACGAUUUCAUUGCUAAGCUGGAAACAAUUUCUGACGACAUGCCUUUCAUCAUGAAUACCAUUGGAAUGAGCAACAUGACAUUUCCUCAAAAUUAUCCCCCUCAGAAACGAACCGACGAUGAAAAACUUGAGACAUAUUUCAAAGAAAUACCAGAUUUAAGAGGAUUAUUGGUUAAAAAAUACAAAUAUGACUCUGAGUUAUUCGGGUAUCCUCUAUUAUUCUGAAAACGAAUCUACACAUACUUUUGCUUUGAUGACGUACCGAUGUAUCGUAGUUUGCCACACGAUUAAGAGUCAUUCUCAGUUUCCCAUUUGAUUUAAGAUAAAAUUGAAAUCU